AUGGGCAAGAACCAAUCGAACAAACUGGAAACAUGGGGCAACGAGACAACCAUGAACAUGAAUGCUAUUCUCUAUCAAAACAUUCUCGCCUCUCCUUACUUCAAGUCGCUAUAUGAAAAAAAGACGUUUCAUGAGAUUGUAGAUGAGAUCUACAAUGAAGUGACCAACUUGGCACCGUUCAUCAAGGGCACCACUGUAUCCACUGCUUUUUGUUGUCUUUUCAAGUUUUGGACAUUGCGUUUGACUGUGAAGCAGCUUGAGAACCUCAUUGAUCAUCGAGACUCGCCGUACAUUCGAGCCAUUGGAUUUCUCUAUUUGCGUUACGUGUGUGCACCUGCUGAACUUUGGGAAUGGCUUUCUUAUUAUCUUGAGGAUGAAGAAGAGAUCGAAUUGUCGGGUGGCCCUCGUCCACAGAAAUCGACCAUUGGCAAGUUAUGUCGUAUGCUGCUCACCGAACAAAAGUUCCAAGGAACAAUGCUACCUCGCAUCCCAGUACCCAUUGCACGUGAUCUUGACAAGAAGCUCAAAGAAUAUGAUGAAGAAAUGAGGAAUGCAGGUCAUGGAGAGUAUGAGGCUGAAGAAAAAGAAGAAGAACGACCCUAUGAGAGAAGACGUUACGAUGAUGAGGAUGAGGACGAUCGCCGUAGUUAUCGCCGCCGAGAUGAUCGCUCCUAUGACAGAAGAGAUCGCUCUUAUGAUCGAAGAGACCGUUCCUACGAUAGACGGCGGGAUGAUGAUCGUGGAUAUUAUCGUCGUGAUCGUUCACGCAGUCCUUACGAUAGAAGGAGGAGAAGAGACAACGAUGACUAUCGCAGCAGAUCCCGAUACGAUGAUGAUGACCGUGACAGACGCUAUAGACGCCGUUCUCGUUCCAGGGACAGACAUUCUUCUCGAUCCUACUCUCGUGAGCGCAGCAGUCGAUACUAG